UGAAAAAAUCUGAUCUUUCUAAACAAGUAGCCGAUGUUUUGGCUUAUUCCAAGUUCAGUUUUUACUUUACUUAUUUUUUCCCUCUUGACAGCCCAGCUCCAGUUCGGCAGUGGGACAGAGCAGCUGUUGCUGUCUGUCAGCUGUAUUGAAUUGGAGAGGGGUUCAAGCACGCCCAGAGUGUGAAAUGUGUGGUGGAGCUGAGGGUCAGGGUAGGGUAGCUGGACAAGAAGUUGGGAAAUGCUGUAUUUAUGUGUGUAACUUAAAACCGUAGAAGGCCAACAGCCUGCCACAGAUCUGGAUCCAGACUGACUCAAAUCCAAAGGAUCAUCUGGGACCAGGAACCAAGAACAGUCGACUGCAACAGAUUUUCUGCUGUGGGCGAUCUUACCCUCAUGCUUGGACUCCUUCAAACAUGGAGACUCAACAGUCCAAGGCCAUGGAAGAGACCAAAGAAGAAGAACUAGCCAAAGCCAUAAUGGCACGGCAGUUCCACCCCUCUCUUGUUGGACCUGAGUCCUGGGAGGGAUACAUCUUUUCUGAUCUGGAGAUCCGUAUCAAAGAGUCCACGGACCUCUAUGGAGCUGUCCUCUGGCCCUCUGCGAUGGUGUUGUGUCAUUUCCUAGAGACCAACCAAGACAAACACAACCUGAUGGACAAAAAUGUGAUUGAACUCGGUGCUGGAACUGGACUCGUCACCAUUGUAUCCAGCCUGUUAGGCGCUAAGGUGACCUCAACUGACCUGCCAGAUGUGCUGGGGAACCUUCAGUACAAUGUUACGCGCAACACCAAGGACCGCUGCAAGUACAUCCCUCUUGUCACAGAGCUUAUUUGGGGUCAGGACGUGGAGCAGCGUUUCCCUCAUGCUACACAUUGUUUCGACUACAUCCUGGCAGCUGACGUGGUGUACGCCCAUCCUUACCUGGAAGAGCUGAUGGACACCUUUGACUACCUGUGCCAGGAAAACACACAGAUCCUGUGGGCCAUGCGCUUUCGCCUGGACCCAGAGAACAGCUUUGUGGAUCGCUUUCAGCAGCACUUCCACGUAGAGCAGCUGUAUGACCUCCCCAGUCUGAGUAUCAAACUAUACCGAGCCUGGAGGAAGGACAGGAGGACCAAGGAGAGAGGAGACGCUGCUGCCUGAACUGUUAAACUCUUUGUAGCUUAAUGGAAAAGUUUUAUUUAUUCUGUUUUUAUGGAUGCCAUUCAUAUUUUUCUUUUUGCUUUUUUUUUUUUAACACAUUUUAUCACACAAUUUAUAGUUUUAACAGUCCUCUAUCUUCAAAAAAGCUCAACAGUCUGACUUAUUCAUUGCAUUUGCUUUGCAUUUAAUUUAAGUGAAGUAAUAAACUGUAAAAUAAUAAAUAAUAUACUGUCAACUCAAAAUAUGUCAAUAUACUGAAGGC